GCACGUUCAUGUAAAUUAUUGAGUAACAUCGAAUUUUUACGAAAAGGCAGUAUAAUUAUACGUGAAAAUGAAAACAUUUUGGGUGAAUUAAUGCUCCCAUAUGAUAUAUAUCCAAAUAGUUCAUAUGAUUUUGUUCUUGGUACAGAUCCCGAUGUGACAUAUGAAGAAGAAGUUAUUAUGAAACAAGAUUGUAGAGUUAAUAAAUCAAGCACAGAUUCGUACACAUCAUAUACAAACAGAAGAACAAUAUAUCAAAUUAAUGGUGAAAUACGAAAUUUUAAAACUAAUGAAAUUAAUGUACAAUAUAUAACCGGUGGUAACACUGGAAAUAAUUAUGGUGUGAAAAUUCUUAAACCAGAAACCGAUGAGUUUAAUUCAUCCAGAAUGCAUUUCACAUAUGUUAUACCUGGUGAGCAUGUAAAAGAAUAUAGUUAUACAAUACAAAGUGAUAGUUAUACUUAUGGUUAUGGAGCACAAAGUGUUGGUUAUAGUAGUGAUAGUUAUUGA